AUGAACCAGCCAUUAGAUUCACAAGAAACAUACGCAUUACAACCCAACACUGAUCCAAGAAUCCUCCACGCAAGAGUUCUAAAAUCCACCCACAUAGACUAUUUAACCUAUCACAACUUCAUCACUCUCUACUCCAAAGCAAACCUCAAUCUUCUCUCUUACUCUCUCCGCUUCUUCCUCUCCAUGCUCCGCCAUUCCACUCUCCCCUGCCAGCGCACCUUAGCCUCCCUCUUCAAAAUCUACGCCUUUCUCCCUCACGCCUUCUCCUUUGGCCUCUCCCUCCACUCUCUUUCUCAGAAACUCUCCCUCCAAAACAAGCCCUUCUGCAGCUCAACUCUCAUUAAGUUCUACUCUCGCUUUCGCUCCCCGGACAAUGCCAAACAGGUGUUCAACGAAAUUCAAGAGAGAGGAGAGUUCUGUUACUCGGCAAUGAUCGUGUGUUUCGCGCAGAACUCUCGUUGUUUCGAUUCUUUAUCAGUCUUUGCUGAUAUGAGGAGCUGUGAUGUGGGGUCCACGAUGUACAGCGUGUCUGGAGCUUUGCGCGCAGCGGCUGAGCUGGCGGCAGUCAGGGUGAUUCAUGGGCAUGCCGUUGUUGCGGGUUUAGACAAGAAUUUGAUUGUGGGAACCGCUUUGGUUUAUGGAUACGGAAAAACUGGGCUUGUGUUUGAUGCAAGAAGGGUUUUUAAUGAGAAUUUGAGUGAAUUAAAUAUCGUUGCGUUGAAUGCUAUGAUGGCUUGUUAUGCACAACAAGGAGAUAAAAAUUCAGUACUUGAGCUUUUUCAUUUAUUGGAAACAAGAGGUUUUGUCCCUGAUGAAUAUUUUUUGGCGGUUUUAACGGCUUUUUGUAAUGCUGGUUUGGAUUUUGAGAGUGAGAAAUGGAUGGAGAGAAUGAGAGUUGAGUAUGGUUUAGAACCGGCGUUAGAAUACUACACCUGCUUAAUAUGUGCAGUGGGAAGAGCUGGAAGAUUGGAGGAUGCAGAGAGGAUCGCAAUGGCAAUGCCAUUUGAACCUGAUGCAGCAGUGUGGAGGGUAUUGUUAUCUUCUUGUAUUGUACACGGAGCAGCUGAUAUGGCUUGGAAAAUGGCACAGAGGUUAUUACAAAUAGACCCUUAUGCUUACUCGGCUUAUGCAAUGGCAGCUAAUAUAUUAUCGAGUGCAGGACGGUGGGAUGAAGUUGCAGAAGUGAGGAAGACAAUGAAAGACCGGAGAGUGAAGAAGGAAGGUGGGAGGAAUUGGAUUGAAGUGAAAGGGAAAGUUCAUGUGUUCUUGGCGGGUGAUAGAAGGCAUGAGAGAGUUAAUGAGAUUUAUGCGAAGCUAGAAGAGUUGAUGGAAGACUGUGAGAAGUUAGGAUAUGUGCCAAUUUGGGAUGAGAUGUUGCACAAUGUUGAAAAAAAGGAGAAAAGAGAAGGGCUUUGGUAUCAUAGUGAGAAACUGGCUCUGGCAUUUGGGUUGAUGAGUGGAUCACAUCCAGGGAAGGCAUUGAGGAUUGGGAAGAAUUUGAGAAUUUGUAGGGACUGUCAUGAGUCUUUUAAGUAUAAUAGUAGAGUCGUGGAGAGGGAGAUCAUUGUGAGAGAUGUUAACAGAUACCAUAGAUUUUUAAAUGGUGGCUGUACUUGUGGUGAUAUUUGGUAG